AUGGAAUCAAUUUUGCAUGGUGAUUUUUUCCAUCAAGACGAACAUCAUAAUCAUCAAAAUGAUGACCAUCACGCAAGUCUUCUACAACCACCGGUCAGUGAGAAUUUUGAAGGAAAAAUUGAAAAAAUGUUUUUAUCCCAUGUUUCACGUUAGAUGUGGAAUUAGAAUUCUGAUCCUGAUUACGAAAUCUGAAAAAAAAAGUUUUGAAAGAUUGAAAAAUUAUAUAAUACUUUAUAUUUUUCGAAAUAUUGAGAAAACUGUGAGCAGAUUGUUCAUUAAUUUUGGAUUGUGAGUCAAAUUUCAUGGAGUGUGAUUCACCCCAAAAAAAUGGAUUUUUUUUGAAAAAGCCAACAGGCACAUUUCCAAUGUUAUGUUUUUAUUUGAAUAUUAAUAGUUAAACAAAUCGAUUUUCCAUAUAUAAAAUUCCCCGUUUUCCUUCAAGAAUUAUUUUUCCCACAUAAUAUUCAAUUUAUUUUUCAAAUCAAUAGUUUAGUUGGUAACCAAGGAUAUUCUUCUUUUCUCUUUUUCGCUUCUUUUCAUAAGAACAUGGUUGUCUUAAUCAGGCAUUAUGCAUACAUAUUUCAUGAAACAUGCUCUGCUUUAUUUGAGCACAUAAAUAAUGAAAAAAUAUUUGUUUGCAGCGUGUUAGUCUUCGAACAAUGAGCAAAAGUGAUCCACAUCUCGAUAUUCCACAUUUGAUUUUGAGCCAAGAUGAAGGUUAGUUAUUUCAACUCACUCAAAAAUAUUUGUUUUCAUUUUUAUUCUCUGUUCUGUUUUGUUCUUUGUCCUUUUUGUUAUUUCCAUUUCCUUGUUUUUCUCGUUUUUUUCUCUUCUCUCCAUAUUUUCGAAUGUUAUUUUUCGCUUGCCCAGCUGACUGACUGAAAAGAAAAAAACCAACUCAACUCCCCAGUCUCAUUUUUUCGAGAAAGUCUCAAAAUAUUCUUCUUUUCUCUAACAAUGGAUCCACGUAUUCAAAAAUUCGUUCUUCAAAAUUCAGCUCCAAUGAUGCAUGAAAGAACACUAUGUAAUAAAAAGUCUUUAGGGAGUUUUGCAAAUGAAUAAAUGAAUUUUAUUAUUUCUAGCUCAUCCAUCAUUGAACAAAAUUAUGGGAAAUUGGAAUCAUAUUCACGAGGGAUUGAAAACUCCGGUUCCAAGUCAUCCAAAUCUUCAGGUAUGUUCAGCUUUUUUUGUAUGAAACCACAAAAAAUUUGUGUUGAUCUUUGUUUUGAUGACUCUCUUUGUGUUUUCAAACAAUAAUAAAAUAAUUGUUUGACUUUACACAGUAAACAAAUAUUUCGAAAAAAAAAUUGAAAAUCAUUUUCGGGUGAGAUUCCGGUCAGAAAUUUCUUUCUGAUUAUUUCUUCAAGCUGAAUGUGAGAAAAGUAAUAUGUAGAUAGAAAAACAAGUCCCAAACAUUUUUUAUAUUUUUCUUAUCUUUGAAAAAAGCCUCAUAAAUCUUGAGAAAAUAUCCAAACAUUCACAAAGCCAAAAACCAAAUAUCUAAAGAUUGGAUUUCUCGAACAAAAAUCAACAAAAACGUUAAAGAAAUAUGAAGAAAGUUUAUAGCCGACCGAAAUAUGAAAAACACAGUUUUCUGAAAAAUAGGAGAGAAUCAGUUUUCUAUUUCGAAUUUAAAAAAAAAUAGAAAACUGAUUCUCUCCUAUUUUUUUCAGAACUUUUGAUAUAAGAAAUGACUUGAAAAAAUUAGAACUCAAAUUAGAAUUAGAUUUCAAUUAAAACUUUAUUAAAAAUUCACAGAAAAUAGAGUCAAAUGAGUAUAAACCCAUGAUCAUUCCCCCAUAACAUAUGUAUUUCAAUCAAUCUCCUGAAUGUGAAAGCUCUCUGUUUCCAAACCCCCUUUUCUUUCUCAACUUUAUUUUUCCAGGCCCUCCGCCGUGAAAACGAGUUCACUGACAAACAUUUGAGGUAA